CACACACACGCCGCUGCGGUGUCUGCUUGCUACGUGUCGUCGUCGGUGCAGCCAACGUCGACUCUCCACUCCGAGAUAGGAGCCCCUCAUGGAGAUCGCUCGGCUCUAGGAACAGCUGAGCCCUAAAGAAUCGUCAUCAUCCUCGUAGUGUCAUCUCCUUAAUACAGCAAGCCACAGCCGACGAGAUGCAGCCGAGCAGGUCGCAGUCGACGACAUUGUCGCCGACGCCGGCGGCCAACAAGCAGGUCCUCUUCCCCGACAAGAAACCCGCGGCCAAGCAGGUCAAGUCGUCCACGUUGACGAACGCCGUCGGUCUUAACUCCCUCAUCACCUUCACGGUCCUUCUGCUGGCAUGGAUAUCCGGAUUUGCCUCUCGGCUUUUCGCCGUCAUACGCUUCGAGAGCAUCAUCCACGAGUUCGACCCUUGGUUCAACUACAGAGCGACAGCAUAUAUGGUGCAACAUGGUUUCUACAAUUUUUUGAAUUGGUUUGACGAGCGAGCAUGGUAUCCUCUAGGACGUAUUGUUGGUGGAACGGUCUAUCCAGGCCUGAUGAUCACAUCUGGAUCAAUACAUCAUAUUCUCCACUCACUCAACAUACCAAUUCAUAUACGAGACAUCUGUGUAUUCCUGGCUCCAAUAUUCAGUGGACUUACAGCUAUAUCCACCUACUAUCUAACAAAAGAAAUAUGGAGUGCAGGUGCUGGACUGUUUGCAGCUUGCUUCAUUGCCAUUGUUCCAGGCUACAUUUCAAGAUCCGUAGCUGGUAGUUAUGACAAUGAGGGCAUUGCCAUAUUUGCGUUACAGUUCACCUACUACCUCUGGGUCAAGUCUGUCAAGUCUGGCUCAAUUUUCUGGGCCUCCAUGACCGCCCUAUCCUAUUUUUACAUGGUCUCCGCUUGGGGAGGAUAUGUCUUUAUAAUUAACUUAAUACCACUGCACGUCUUUGUGUUACUCAUUAUGAAUCGCUAUAGCCAACGUCUUUUCACAAGUUACACCACCUUUUACAUUCUGGGACUUCUGUUCAGUAUGCAAAUUCCAUUUGUUGGUUUCCAACCGAUUAGAACGUCUGAACAUAUGGCUGCUGGUGGCGUAUUUUGUUUGCUAAUCCUUAUUGGCACAUUGAAAUAUCUGAGAACAUUCCUGACCAAGACAGAAAUGAAAUACUUUGGAGGCGUGGUAGUUGGUAUCGCUCUGGUAUUUUUACUCGUCUUGAUUGGUCUGACUUACGCCGGAUUCGUAGCACCAUGGAGUGGAAGAUUUUACUCCCUUUGGGAUACAGGCUAUGCCAAAGUUCAUAUUCCUAUUAUUGCCUCUGUGUCGGAACAUCAACCGACAACGUGGUUUAGUUUCUUCUUCGAUUUACACAUUCUCGUAACGACGUUCCCGGUUGGUCUGUGGUAUUGCAUCAAACAUAUCAACGACGAGCGUGUUUUCGUUGUAUUGUACGCAAUCAGCGCAGUCUACUUCGCUGGUGUUAUGGUGCGUCUGAUGCUUACCUUGACGCCAGUGGUGUGCAUGCUCGCCGGUAUCGCUUUCAGCGGCCUCUUGGAGCUCUUCCUGAAGGAGGAGGACCGCGACGAAACCAGCGGUUCGAGCCCCAACGAGGAAGAGAGCGACGAAGAGCAGGAAAAGAGCCCUGGUCGCGCUCUGUAUGAUAAGGCCGGCAAACUCAGGCGGAUGAAGCACGAGAAGCCCAAGGGCAACGGCGAUGGUCUCGGCGCCAAUGUCCGCAACGGCGUUGUCAUCUUCAUUCUCAUGUUACUCAUGAUGUUCACCGUGCAUUGCACCUGGGUAACCAGCAACGCAUACUCCAGUCCGUCUAUCGUACUGGCGUCUUAUAGCAACGAUGGUGGAAGAGCUAUUCUUGACGAUUUCCGCGAGGCUUACUACUGGCUAGCUCAGAACACCCACAGUGAUGCCCGAGUUAUGAGCUGGUGGGAUUACGGUUAUCAGAUUGCCGGUAUGGCUAAUAGGACAACUCUAGUGGACAACAAUACGUGGAAUAAUUCUCACAUAGCUCUUGUCGGCAAGGCAAUGAGCUCUAACGAAAGUGCAGCUUAUGAAAUAAUGACGUCCCUUGACGUUGAUUAUGUGCUAGUCAUAUUCGGCGGUAUGAUCGGUUACUCCGGAGACGACAUCAACAAGUUUCUCUGGAUGGUGAGAAUCGCUGAAGGGGAGCAUCCACAGGACAUCCGGGAAAGCGACUACUUCACCGAGCGUGGAGAGUUCCGCGUAGACUCGGAGGCCUCGCCCACGCUUCUGAACUCCCUUAUGUACAAACUUAGCUACUAUCGUUUCGGUGAGGUCAAGAUCGACUAUCGCUCGCCUUCCGGUUACGAUAGAACACGUAACGCUGAGAUUGGUAAUAAGAAUUUCCAGCUUACGUACUUAGAAGAGGCCUACACUACUGAGCAUUGGCUAGUGAGAGUAUACAGGGUGAAGAAACCAAAUGAGUUCAACCGGCCGAGAAUACCAAUAUCGAAGCGCUCAAUAACUCGUCAAACGAGUUCAUACAUCAGCAGAAAGAUAUGGGGGGGUGUUCAUUGAUUUUUCAGACUGUCAGGCGGAAGAAGGGCUUCAUUAAGGGGCGACCGACGGUCGUGAAGGGUCAGAAAUCGCAGAGGAGAGCAUCGACGUAACAGAAACACGACAUUCCGCUAAGAAUUUAACAGUAAUUUUUUCUAAUUCAAAGAACACCACCGUCCCUUGGAUCUCCAGAUUGUACUUUUCAUCAAGUGAUCUGCAAUUAUGGAGAUCAUUGUUUUCUUAUGCAUACACCUAAUCAUUUCUACAAAGCAGAAAUUUAACUAAUAAUAGUAAUAUAAGCGAACCUUGUUUAAUCAUCUUUUUAUUUAUCACGAAAAGUUUUGUAAGAAGUAUGCCGGGGGCGCUAGAAUUUGAAGUUUAUACAGUAAUACCCAUAUAGAAUAUUUUUACAAAACUCAUUUGGAUAAAUAAUCAGAUAGUGGGAGGAUUUUGAUGAAAUUCAAUUUAUUUUUUGAUUCUUAGAUUCUUAUUCAUUGAUUCACAGACGCUGUUUUUUUAAAUAUAUGCACACAUUGCUUUACGAGUAACAAUCAACGAGUUAUCACAAUUAUAUCGAAGGACUGAAUAAGAUUUAUAAAUGACUUUUCAAAGUUAAAUUUUAGAUGAUACGAAGCUUUUCAAGCUAGAAUAUUUAUAUGACAAAGAAGCAAUGCACCGUAAGUCUUUGAUUCUUUUGAAAUGCGUGAAUCAAAUUACUUUUCUUAGUGGUUGCCAAUGAUUUUCAUUGAAAUGCAUUUACAAAGCUGCUGAUAUACUGUGUAAAAAGAACUAACGAUUGUAAAUGCGGAGUAAUAAACUAGUAAUGAUUUUUGUGGAACUCAACUGAUUGAGCCUGAAAAAGGCUUGUAUGCGUGUCUUGUGUACACAGUUUGUUGUAUAGAAUCUUGUUAUGAGAUAAACAUUUGAA